CCUAAGAUAUCCAAAAGAUGAGAAAUGAACAAAGGGUGAGCCUAAAAGUCAUCCAUGAACUCCUAUAAAUACUUCACAAAGCCUCUUCCUCCCAAAUCAAGCAAAUAGUAAUAAUCCUAGCUAGGCUCAAUCAACACCCAGUUUUCCAGCACUCGGGUUGCUCAGAUUUGUUCUCAUGGCAGGAUUUCAUUAUUUGCUAGUUUUGAGCCUCGCUCUGGCUGUGUCAAUUGCUGCUGGGGCAACCCAAUUCAAGGUUGGUGGGCCCAAGGGCUGGUCAGUCCCAAACGACCCUAAAGAAUACAGGCAAUGGGCCGAGAAGCAAAGGUUUCAGAUUGGAGACUCAUUGUUAUUUGUCUACCAACGAGACACGGACUCUGUUGCCCUCGUGGAUGAGAGUUCUUACCGCAGCUGUGACACGUCAGCGUCCAUCCGCACAUUUGAUGAUGGGAACACGGUCUUUAAGUUUACCCGAUCCGGCCCAUUUUACUUCAUUAGUGGUAACAAAGGCAAUUGUCUCAAAAACGAGUCCUUGGUUGUUGUAGUUAUGGCUGAUCGCAGCAGCAGAACUAGCUUGGCCCCAUCUCCUUCUUCCUCUGCUUCUCCUCCUCCUCCUCCCCCUCUAGGCUCAAUGGUGUUCAUGCCAUCAACGACGAAUCCUAACGAGGGAUCAAAUUCUUCUAACGGAGCUUCUCAUAAGAUGAUGGGCUUGAUGGCCUCAAUUGGGGCGUUUAUUGGGUCGCUCUUCUUUGUGCUGUGAGGCCCAUUCACCUAAGUCGUGCAUUGUACUAUGUUGUGCCAUUAUUUAUUUGUAAUUUUUUUUGUUAAGUUUAUUAUUGGUAUGAUGGUCUUUGAAUUC